GUUUCGGUGGACGUUGAAAGUACACUGAUUGAGUUUGGAUGAAACUUCAUAAAACUAGAGAGUAUUUCUCUCCUUCAUCUAGAUCAAAUUCAGUAAUUAGGAACGUACGAUAUGGAAAAAAACACAUAGUAUCAAGUCACCAGACGACAUCAGCUCAACGAGAUGAAGUUAAGAUGAGCAGUGAGAUAUUAAGCGGAGUAGUACCGAUGAUAACAAAGGAGAUUCAAAAUAGACAAUAUGGCUCGACAAAGAUUCGCAACACCGUCAUUCGAUCAACCAUAUUCGCCUUGUAUCCUACGUCUAACUUUAACAUUGGUUACUCAGUAGUUCCAAAAAAACUGAGAAAUGCUUAGAAGUCGC